GGGACCACGUUGGAUUCAGUCGCACUCUCACUCGGCACGUCGAAUGCGCCGGUCACGUGGCGCGUACACUCCUCCGCUUCAAAUUUAUAUUUCGACAAUUCUCUAUUUACUGCGAUCACUCGUUGUGCAUCCCGUACGAGAAAGGAUUUCUUGUCCGUAACCGAAACACAGUAAGAUUUUAGAAGUGCGCGAGUGCGAAAGUAAACAAAGGAUAUUUUGAGGUUAGUCGCGCAUGGGUUAGACGUAACAAAAAAUCUUGGAAGAGAAUUUGAUAAUUUUAUAAAAUCAGUGGUUAACAGUGUAGGCGGUAGAUUACUGUAAAAUUAUUGUUGUUAUUACUUUUUGAAAUGACGUGACAAAUGCAUAGAACCAUAAUGGAGGCCAGAGUGAGUUCUCGCGAGAGUGUUCAGUGAGUGUCGGGUCUCUUGAAAGUCAAUUAAUAUUAGUAACCAACGGGAAAUGCGAAUUCGAAAAAGGUUUUUUUUUUAUAAAAACAGUGUCUGAUUUCACUGAAAACCAUUUUUAUCGAUCUGACAAAUUUUAACGUCUAAGAGGCAGACUUUAAAACUUUGUUUCCAUCGACCUUUCCAACUGGUACACGAUGUCUGUCAGACUCGAAUCGUCCGAUUGUUAAUCGAUCAUUACGUCAAUAAAAUAAAUACACGUGAGAUUCGUUUAGCUUUAUACCGUCGUAGAAUAACGUGCUACGACCUUCGCGAGGACUGGAGGGUAAAAAGUUGGGACGUCAAGUAUGUUCGAACGAGUUUGGACACGCUUGGGAUUCGUGUCUACUAUAGCGACGCCACGCGGGAUUAGCCAUUGAUUCAGAGUGAAAAACAUUGUUGUGACUGCGAACGAAGGUUCCGGAUUAAAUUACAAGUGUAUUCCUGAGACAUUAUUUUAUGACGUACCAUAGAAAAAGUGCUGAGUGAGUCGCGUGAAAGUGUUGUAUAAUUAUCCCAGAGAAUUUUGGUGCGUCAAGAAAAGUGCUAACGAUGAACAGAUAAAAACUUGUGAACAGGUAAAAAUGGCGUUGUGUACGUGGCUACUCUUUCUCAUGAGAAUAUACCUCGCUCUCGCGGCUUCCACUGCAUCAGGAACUUGGAUAAACGUGGGUUAUCAAAAGUUUCCUCAGUUGGAGGCUAUGCGCGCCCUGGAGGUUUAUGAAGUGGGUGCUUCGCCUGUGUGCACCGGGCUUAAAGGAUUGUCACAAGGACAGGGAAAACUUUGUCAGCUUUCUCAGGAUCAUAUGCCGAGCGUGGCGAGAGGAGCGAAAGCAGGUAUUGCUGAAUGCCAGCAUCAGUUCCGAGAUAGAAGAUGGAAUUGCUCUACGGUGGACGACGGGACUGUUUUUGGACCAGUUCUCGGUAUAGCCAGUAGAGAAACUGCAUUCGUACAUGCAGUCGCAGCUGCUGGUGUCGUGUACUCCGUAAGCCGUGCCUGUAGGGAUGGACAGUUGUCGUCCUGCGGAUGUUCAAGAAGUGGGAGACCCAGAGAUCUCAAUCGGGAGUGGAUUUGGGGUGGAUGCGGCGACAACCUUGAAUAUGGUUACAAAUUCACUCAAGCAUUCGUGGACGUGAGGGAGCGAGAGAGAAGCUUCAAGAGAGGAAGCAGAGAGCAAGGCAGGAGUCUAAUGAAUCUUCACAAUAACGAAGCUGGCCGUAGGGCGGUCAUCAAAAGGUCUAAAGUGACUUGCAAGUGUCAUGGCGUGUCCGGAAGCUGCAGUCUAAUCACCUGCUGGCAGCAGCUCGCUUCCUUCCGGGAAAUAGGCGAUUACCUUUUGGAUAAAUAUGACGGUGCUACGGAAGUCAGAGUCAACAGACGUGGACGACUGUCAAUACGAGAUCCUAGAUACACUCUGCCCACUGCCAAUGACUUGGUGUACUUGGACGACUCGCCGAAUUAUUGCCUGAGGAAUCUUACCAUUGGAUCGUUGGGUACUCAAGGCAGAGUUUGCAAUAGGACGUCGGCUGGCAUGGAUGGCUGUAAUUUACUUUGCUGCGGUCGGGGUUACAAUACGCAAAAGACGACGAUCAGGGAACGUUGUGAAUGCAAAUUCCACUGGUGUUGCUUCGUCGAGUGUAAGACGUGUGUCAGAAACGUUGACAUACAUACGUGUAAAUAGGAGCUUACGGCAUAGAGGGAAAAUUAAUGGGAGCUUUGAGAGGAACAAGAAACCAGAAUACGAGAGAACGCAUCGUUAUAAUUUAUUAUUCAUUUUUACAAGAAUUGUCUUAGUAUGAUAAAUUCACAAAAUUCAAUCAAGCUCACCAAUCAAGGAGGAAAUAAAAUUUUUUGAUUUGACCAUUUUAAGGAUUUCGCGAUAACCGAUAAUCGUUCGUGCAGACUUUUGUUUAAUCGACUGAUGAUUAUCGUCUUACUAGUUUCUGCUUUCUCCACUAUGUACAAUGUUAUCCUAUGUCGAUAAGUACCUAGGGACAUUUUAUUAUGUAUCAGAAGAUCACGUUGAAUUCCCUAGGAUACAAAUUCAAUACCGCCGUGGUACUCGCAAUGAUUUCCACAAGAUAAAUAUUACGUAGAGAUAAACAAGUACCAUUAUCGAUGAAUGAUUACAAAGUAUUUAUCCGUAUUUCGCUAAGUAUUUCAAAAAACUCGACUGUAGUCCGUACGUUAGAUUUUUCACAGUACCGCGUGUCUGUGUAAUGUCACGCAAAGUAAAAAUCACUAGGAAUUUAAUGAUUAGCAAAACCGAUCAAUAGUUAAAUCUUUUUUUUCACAAACGUUGCACUGGCAUUGUAGCUAUCGUAGAGUAAAUCAACCGUUAUUAUUUAGUGAGCAAUUAAAAAGAUUAAUGUACGGUCGAUCGAGUGGACGAUGCUUAUCGAUAUAACUUAAGUAGAAUUAUUUAAAUCGACAUCGAAAGAAGUAUUUAUUGUUAGCGAAUAGUUUUCGAAUGUUUGUAACCUAAGGGUGUGUAUUUGUCGAUUGAGAUUUUGCAAUAACAAUACAGAGACAAGUAUCAGAGGAAGUACGAAUGUUGGACUAGGAGCCAUGUUCGAACCGUAGUAUCUCCUUAAUUAAGAACCUUAGAUCAUGUACUAUUUUUUAUCUUUGAUAAUUAAGAACAAUUAAGUUUUCUAGUUUAUAAGUGUACAUUUGUCCUUCGCCUAGAUUAAGUUUUUUAAAAAAAGCGUUGAAACUCAUGACGUCGCGUAUUGUAAAAUAAUAUUUAUCCAAUCAACACAAUUAUUCUUGUUUUUUUCUUCUAAUUUUAAUUAUUAAUGAUCGUCAUGCGCAGUAUCUUAAUUGAGUUUUGGAUGAAUUUUUUUUUUUUGGUUUAUGUUCUUAAAUAGUUUCAGUGCAAAUGCGAUUUAUAUUGCGGGAUGAAUUUUUUAUUUUAUUAUACUCUUCCUGAGAAAAAUGUCUUAUUUCGCGACGAAAAGGUACAGUCCUCCAAAAGUAUUGUUAAUUAAGUAGACGAAAAUAAUUCUAAUCAAUUUAUGCUAGAACGUAAACAAGUGUACGUUGCUUUAACGUUGUGCAGCUUUUAUAGUUUUAACAAGACAUUCCUACAAUGUGACUCUGGCAUAAAUACUUACGUUUAGUCGUAUUAUGAAUUUUUCAAAACCAAUUUAAGCGAUUGUAUUUUGAAUAAAGAUAUACAUUAGAUUAUUGUAUUGAAGUCGGUUGUCGAUGAA